AUGCCGGUAUUUACCGGUAUCUCGCUCAGCUACCUUGUCAGCAUGGGCGGGACCUGCCGACUACAUCGCCAACAUCAGCCGUCCUGGAUACAUUCCGACAGGAUGGGUGACGGCCAUUACGGGGAUGCGCCUAGGGCCGCGAGUGAGGCGGGAAUUCCGUUCAACAAGCAUCCCUGCGAAAAUCUUCAAUUUGACGGCAUCUGGCAGAUCAAGCCUCAAGCUGGCGCUUCCGCGAUUCUCGGCUGUUAUCGCGCUAUAUUCCCUGGACUCUGGACGCUAUUCCCGCGGGGAAGACUAUGUGAAGUCUGCAAAUUGAUUCACUUCGACCUUUGGGCCACUUUCUGUCGAGAGGUCAACAUCACCGCUUUGAAGACUCUCCGGCCAGCACUCCCAGCCGAGAUCACAUAUUCCGUCGCGUACGUCUCGAGCCAUGCAAGCCAACCUCCUUGUGCUCACGGGCAACAUUCAGUGGCUAUCCAGGGGGAAUCCCCUUUACACCUUGAACUUUGCAUCGACGUGAAUGUUGAGGCCACACCAUUCAAUAAGUCCCAUUUCCGCCGCACAUAUCAAAUCAAUCCAGUGGACGAUGAUCUUGCGUCGUGGCUUAGCGUUGAGCCCCUGCAGCCAUUCUUGAGCGCAAAUGACAUCAGCCUUGUUCAGUCCGCAAUAGCAGAUUGUGAACGGAACCACGAAAGAUGCCGAACACGAACCUCCGAGACCUUUCUUCCCACACGGUUGAUAGAUUUGGGCGCUCGCGGAUCCGGGUCAAACCCGACACUGGUCGUCACCGCGCAAAGCCCCAGGACUAGAAGCAAAAGGAAAUAUGCAACUUUAAGUUAUUGCUGGGGCUCGUCCUCUGAGGCGGCCUCGCAACUUACGACCACAAGAGAGACCUUCACUCAACGUUCCAACGGCAUCCCUUUAAGCACAAUGCCCAAUGUGGUGCAGGACGCCAUCGCCGUCUGCCACGCAAUAGGUAUCCGGUAUCUGUGGGUUGACGCCCUGUGCAUCCUUCAAGAUGACGGGGAAGAUUGGGCUCGAGAGAGCGAGCUGAUGGGCAAAGUAUACGCGCACUCAUACCUAACUAUUUGCGCCGCCAAUUCCAAUUCGUGUCGACAGCCAUUCCUCCAGCGGGUACACGCCAGCUCGAAAUUUUUGGCCUUUCGAUCCGAAACUUAUCCUCACCUGGACUCCAAGCGCAUGCUAUUCCAAGGGCGCUUGCAUAAAGGAGAUAUCAAUGGCCAUUGGGGAAACAUACCGGGCUUGCUCGACAGCAAAUGGUUCGACCGGGGGUGGGUUCUUCAGGAACGACUGCUCCCUUUACGGUGUCUAGUAUUCGGGGACCAGCUCUUCAUCAUCUGCAACGAACGCAUCAUAUCCGGGGCGGGGGGGGAUGUUGAUGAUAAUGUACAAGGGGAGAUGACAAUCGCGGGCGUCAUCGACAAGACGAAGCGCAUCCUUGAGCACCACCGUCAGCCGGUGCGGUUGGCGGCGCGGUUCUGGGACCAUAUCGUCACGACGUCCACGAGACUAGAGCUCACGAACCCGACCGAUCGCUUGCCAUCUCUAGCAGGACUGGCCCAGCAAUUCGGAGCGGCAAUGGAGUUUCUACCGUCCGACUACCUGGCGGGACUGUGGAUGCCUUUUUUGCCCACGUCCUUGCUCUGGGUCCCGGAAGGGAUGAGUAGUUGGAGAUCCAUUGCUGAUCGCCUCGAAGCCCUGCGCAGCCCAAGGUCGUCUGGAGCCGCGUCGUGGAGCCCGCUUUCACUACGCGGCUGUCACUUCACUGGCAACCCCAAGAUAUCUCUUGAUGGCCACAUAAGGACAGAGUGUGAAUCCAUCAAGGGAGCUGCGACUGCCAACGGCUCAAACUGGUAUGCCACCUCCACCGGGGCCCGCCUAACGGUGACGGCAAGAGCAAUCCAUAUGCCGCUGGACCUCAGAGGCCUUUCCCAUGACGUGUGGGCGCGGCGGGUCACCAAGGAUGGCAGGUGCGCGGCCUACUGUUACUUUGACUUCGCUCCUGCUCAGGCGGCAGCGCGGACUUGUACGAUUGGGGCGACGGAGCCAAGCUUGACGACGACGACGAGGACGAUGAGGACGAUGAGGACGAUGAGGACGAUGUUAUCUUGA